AUGUUCCGACUUUUGACUGCCUGCUGGUCUCGUCAGAAGGCCACAGAAGGAAAACAAAGGAAUGUGACUAUCAUUGUCAUUGGCUUGGACAACUCUGGCAAAAGUCAUCUUGUAGCGGCCUUUCAAAGAUUAAUUCCUAGCAAGAUGCACAGUGAAAUGAGACCAACACAAACAACACUUCUACUAGAUGAUUAUCAAGUAUCUGUCUAUGACCUAACUGGAGACCUAAAGGGCCGUGAAAAAUGGCCAAACUACUAUGCUGAGGCACAUGGGCUUGUUUUCGUCGUGGAUUCUAGUGACAUAGCACGUAUACAGGAAGUGAAGAUCAUCUUAACUCGCCUAAUGUUUGACAAAAGGGUAUCAGGGAAACCCAUCUUAAUCCUGGCAAACAAACAAGACAAGAAGGAUGCACUUUUGCCUUGUGAUAUCAUUGAGUAUCUCCUUCUGGAAAGACUAGUGAAUGAGACUAAGUCUAUGUGCCGAGUGGAGCCAUGCUCAACCAUAAGAAACCUUCCAAAGAGGCACCAACAGCCAAUAGUUAUAGGGCUGCGGUGGCUAUUAGCUGCCAUUGGGGAUCGAUACGAUGAGCUGUGCACUCGACAUCAAACACCUAGUAUGAGCAACAUCUCAAGCUCCAAGAACAUCAGAGGCUGUGGAGAAAGAUGCUCAUCAGACAGCUUAUCUACCAGAGGAGUGGGUGUGGUCAGAAACAACCACAGACAGCAUUUUGAGAAAAGACAACACCUAGAGCAUAGACAGCAUGUAGAGCAAAGACAUUUUGAGAAAAGACAGCAUUUUGAGUCAAGACAGCACUUAAUUCAACGCUCACUGGAUGCUAGGCCCCUAAAGCCAAUUUUGCAGAAAGAUGGUUUUUGAAUAACAGAAAAGAAUAUGUCAGUGGCAUGUUGCUCUGCCGUAAUCAUGGAGGAAGGUGAAUGUUCUCGGAUUGGAGCUCAAAUAUCAGACAAGCCUUACGUAGUCAGUGUUAUGCAGUACGAGAGACUCAGCUCCAUCUGCUGA